AUGAGUUUGCAAAAGGGAGAAAAAGUGAUUGAAGAACGUCAAAGAAGCGGAAAUUACGCAUCGAACACAUGGAAGGCAUUUUCAGAAUCGGCAAGGCUUGUCGGACCGGUGAAACCCAAGCAAGCAAUUCUGUUACACCAGUACCGUAUAAAAAACCCUGCUCCCCACGAGAACGGAGCCCAAGAGACUGAAGAACAAAAGUCGGGAAAAAAUAAAACUAUUCUCAAGAUUCAAAGAUGGGGUAUCUAA